AUGGAGUCUCUCUUGAUGUCAACCAACAGCUUCACUCUGGACCUUUACAAAAAGCUGAAUGAAACCUCCAAAGGCCAAGACAUUUUAUUUUCUCCUUGGAGUAUUGCAACUGCUCUUGCCAUGGUCUACCUGGCUGCAAAAGGUGACACUGCAACCCAGAUGGCUGAGGUUCUUCAUUUUCACCAGACUUCAGGAGAUGAAGGUUUGUCUGAGACAAGGCCUUCUCUGGGGAAACCAAGGAAAAGAAAGAUGGAUCCUGAACACAAGCAAGCUGAAAACAUUCACUCUGGCUUCAAAAAGCUCCUGUGUGCCAUCAACAAACCGAGAAGCACGUACCUGCUGAAGUGUGUCAACCAACUGUAUGAGGAAAAGACCUUCCUCCUGCUAUUUAAAUUCUUACAGCUCAUUACAAGCUAGUACAAAGCAAAGCCACAAGCUGUAAACUUCACAACAGCUGCAGAAUGAGCCAGAGCAAUGAUCAACUCAUGGGUUGAAAAUUAA